AUCUCCCCGGACCGGGGCACGAACCCGUGUCCCCUGCAUCGGCAGGCGGACACUCAACUACUGCACCACCAGGGAAGCCCUAGAUGUGGUUAACUUUUAAAUUAGUAGACUUUGAUUCAAGCAGAUUACCUUCCAUAACAUGGAUGGGCCUCAUCCAAUCAAUUGAAGGUCUUAAAAACAAAGACUGAGGUCUCCCAAAGAGAAACGGAUUGAAAUUCUGCCUUCAGACUGCAACAUAGAAAUUCUGCCCGAGUUUCCAGCCUUUGGACAAAGACUGCAACACCAGCUCUUGCUGGAGUUUCCAGCCUGCUGGCUGCCCUAGAAUUUUGGGCUUCCCAGCCCCCAUAAUCAAGAAAUGGCUGCUUAGCCUGGAUUGUGGAAGAUAGAAGCCCAGGAAAGCGGAGUCAUGGGAGAGAGCUCCCUGUGUGCGGUGCACGUACUUGCGGUGACGUGGUCACAGCCAGAACCGUCAUGCUCUUAAGGAAGGGAGUGACAUGAUCAGAUCAGAAUGAAUCCUGGUUUCAGAGCAGAGACUGGCAAAAGGGAGACCAGUCGACAACAUGCAGAAGACCCCAGAGCCAGGCCAUCAGGAGCUGACGCCUGUGCACAGAGGUUUGGCUGUUUGGAGGCUUGCAUGUGGGGGAAGAAAUUUUCAAGCAAUCCGACCCAGUUUAGAAAUCUUGGUCUUCCAAUCAGGAAUACAGACCAUCUUUCAGUUGGCGUAUGAGAUGAAUAGUGAUCAGAAGGAGCCACCCCCACAGAUCCACUUUGAAAUGAGAGGGAAAAUAAAGAAGAAAGGAAGGAUCCCAAAAGCAAUGCAGCCCAGAGUACCAACACCACGUCAAGACCCUCCAGUCAAGACCCUGCCUCUGCUCAGGAGGCCAGCCAUCUGUCAAUGUCGUGCUGCAUGCUUGAUGAUGGCACAAUGCUGCAGAGAUGGAGGGAGUGCCAAGGAUUGCCCACUGACAGGAAUCACAGACUAAGUCAGAGGCUGAAGGCGCUCCACUCAUGAGGGGUCUUGGGAGAGAAGGGCCGUCUCCACAUUUUCUGGUGAACGCAGAGGCAGCAUCUGACGGGGACCCAGCAGGUGCAGCAGCUGAGUGGCUGGGAAGCAGGCUCUGUCCUAGAGCUCUGGCUCCCUUCCUCCCAGGGCUUGACCAGAGGAUGUGCACACUUGUUCCUGAGCACAGUCAGGAACCCCAGUAGUCACCAGGACGCCUGCAUGAGAAGAAACAAAAACCAGGAAAUGCCUCGUUCCACAAACAAAGAAAUGAUACUUGGCAUCAUGGUGGGAACUACUGGAAUCAGCUUGCUGCUUCUGUGGUACCACAAGGUUCGUAAACCAAGGACAGCAAUGGAUUUACCUAAAUUUCUUUCUCUGGGUAAUUCACUUGAUUUGAUGCCUUUGCAAGAUGAAAUGCCUAAUGGCCAAGGAACAACAGCGAUCUUUCAAGGAAGGCAACUUCAGAUAUUGGAGAAGAUAAAUGAAUUACUGACAAAUAUGGAAGAACUCAAAGAGGAAAUCAGAGUUCUUAAAGAAGCCAUUCCAAAGCUGGAGGAAUAUAUCCAAGGCGAACUUGGAGGGAAGAUAACUGUUCACAAGAUAAGUCCUCAGCACAGAGCUAGAAAAAGAAGGCUUGUCACAGUUCAAAGUUCAGCAACAAGUAAUAGUUCAGAGGAAGCGGAAAGUGAAGGAGGGUAUAUUACAGCUAAUACUGAUACCGAAGAACAGAGUUUUCCACUCCCUAAGGCAUUUAACACUCAUGUAGAGGAAUUAAAUUUAGAUGCCCUUAUUCAGACGGCUGAUAAUUUACGUAUGAAUGAGUCCAGAAAAAUGGAGAGUUUUGAACUACUUUGUGACCACAAAGAAAAGUUUAGAGAUGAAAUAGAGUUUAUUUGGCGGUUUGCUCGUGCUUAUGGAGACAUGUAUGAGCUAUCUACAAAUGCACAAGAAAAGAAGCAUUAUGCUAAUAUUGGAAAGACAUUAGGUGAAAAAGCUAUUACUAGAGCACCCAUGAAUGGACAUUGUCAUCUAUGGUAUGCGGUUUUGUGUGGCUAUGUAUCUGAGUUUGAGGGCUUACAAAACAAAAUUAACUAUGGAUAUCGCUUCAAGGAGCAUCUAGAUAAAGCAAUCGAAUUUUUACCUGAGGAACCCUUUUUGUAUUACCUCAAGGGAAGAUACUGUUACACUGUCUCAAAACUGAGCUGGAUUGAGAAAAAAAUGGCUGCUACUCUGUUUGGAAAAAUACCAUCUGCAACUGUACAAGAAGCUUUGCAAAAUUUCCUUAAGGUCGAAGAACUACACCCUGGGUUUUCUAAGUCCAAUUACAUGUUCUUGGCCAAGUGUUAUAUUGAUCUUGAACAAACAGAUACUGCUGUGAAGUUCUGUAAUAUGGCAGUGUUGCUUCCUUGUGUUACCAAAGAGGAUAAAGAUGCACAGAAAGAGGUGAAAAAAAUAAACACUUCCUUGAAGAGGUAAAUAAAAGAACUUGCUCUUCAACAAAUCAGAUGUGGUCUACUAAAAUUUAAACUAAUCAAAGUUGUGUUUUUUUAUUAUCCUUUUUUCUUUUCUGAUGUAAGGGUAAUGUGCUCAGAUAUCAAGGCAAAACCACGUUUCUGCAGAAGGCAUUCCACUAGUAGCACUACAAAACUAAUCAUGUUAUUUGGAGGAAUCUAUUUCCUAUAAUGUCACUACAAAAUGAUCUUUAAACAUGUACGCUUUAUAUUUUUCCUAUUAAACUAUAGUCUUCAGAAUAAAAUAUUUAAGUCAAUUCAAUAAAAUGAACUCAAGUGAGUGUUUUAUUGCUGCUUCAAUGGUGACUUUACAAAACAAAAUAAUUUCAUUAACGUGAAUGAAAAAUGGAAAAAAAGGCAAAGGACAUGAACGAGUUGUUGAUAGGAGAGGAAAAACAAAAGGGGAAAUACAACUAGUAAUUUUAAAAAUGUGAAGAAAAUUACAAUAAGAUACUGUUUUACCAUCAAA